CCACCAAUGUCAGAGAGACCCGUGGGGGUAAUCUAUUCUCUAUAGAAGCGCAUGUAUUACUGGGCUACUAGCUAUACCUCGAUCUCUCCAGAGUGUGCGCACGUCUCGAUGUCCAGACUACCAUAUGCCACCGUCAAUAGCAUCCAGUCUGCUAAUGUGCAAAGAUGGCUUUGCAUGUUCUCCACAUUUCUUGGAUCCUGCCGGCCUGUUGGAAGUCUAGACUCCGCUCUGAAAAUUGCCCUAAUUGGAUAUUCUCCGCACCGUCUGCUUAAUCUGCUUCCAUGAGUAUGCGGCUUGUAGAAUUUCCAUCAUUAGAGAGAUUCGCUGUAGCAAGGCCCAAGUGAGAUGCCAUCCACCUCAAGAGACGAUGCAUUCGCCAUCCAGG